GCGUAAUAUUUGUGUUGCUUUCCAUAUCAGUGCAGGGAAUUUGUUAAGAAAUUUACGUGAAGUUUAACAGAAAAUAGAAAUAAAUGCCCAUAAAUAUACGAAGAAAGUGUUUUUCUAAAAGAAUAUAAUGGAAUACUAUAUAAUGUGUCGGUAUAUUUUAUAUAAAUGAAAUAUCGAACAUACGUGACUGCUAAUUAAAAACGAAAAAAAGAGUACUGCGUUGAAAAAAGAAGAGAAAAAUCGGCACACACACAGAAAAGCGCACAAAUUCUGUGCAAAUGUAUGAGUGUGACAGGGACGGACAGCGUUAAAAAAACGCACCACAACAAAACAUAACGCGUAAACCCAAAGAAAAAUUAACUAAUUUGCAUUUUGUAUAAAUAUCACAACGACAGCAAAGCCGAAGGAAGCAUAGAUUUUCAAAAAAGAAGUUAUAGCACCGCAGAAUAAAGCCGGAAACGAAUCCAGAGGAAUAUUUCGUGUGAACGGGCGACGUAAAUCUUCGGAAAGCGCGAAGACAUUCCAACAAAAUUUGUUGGCAGCCGAAGAAGGCUGAUGCUGCUGCAAAUCACAAACACUUUUGUAAAGCAAAAAUUUUCACAACAACACCAACAAGAAAAGCAGCGGCAAUAGCCCCAAACACAGCUACACCUCAAAGCCGCAGCCCCAAGAGUAAUAUUGCCAAUUUUUGUCCUAAAAACUUGCAAUAUAAGAUCGUUUAACGUUUUCAAUUAUGUCCGGUGGUGGACAAGACUCCACUAACAGCAGUAAUGGCGCUGCCACCAAUGGCAAUGGUAGUAAUGGCGUCUCUUCAUCAGCGGUAGCCACCACUCCCACUUCAACUGGGCAAUCCCUGAAUCAACGUUCGCGCGGCCGACCGGCUAAAAGGGCUACCUGUACAUGGUGUGGCGAAAGUAAACAACCGCUGCAAUAUGUUUUGCCCACGCAAAAUGGAAAGAAGGAAUUUUGCUCGGAAACUUGUAUUGCGGAAUUUCGUAAAGCCUACAGCAAAGGUGCUUGUGCCCAAUGUGACAAUGUUAUACGUGAAGGGGCACCCAAUAAGGAAUUCUGUUCACUGAUGUGUAUGAAUAAACAUCAGAAAAAGAACGGUUCGACAAGGUCACUCAACAAUGGCACACGUGGAGGCGAUACAACGGGUGGCAAAGCAAUGGGUGGGGGUGGAUCCUGUACACCCACUGGACCAUUUCAAUAUGAAAGUUUUCAUGUUUUCGAUUGGGAUGCUUAUUUGGAAGAAACCGGCUCUGAAGCUGCUCCUCCCGAAUGUUUUAAACAAGCUAUUAAUCCGCCAGUGAAUGAUUUUAAAAUUGGUAUGAAAUUGGAGGCCCUUGAUCCGCGUAAUGUUACCUCAACGUGUAUUGCCACAGUUGUUGGGGUACUGGGAUCACGUUUGCGGCUGCGCCUAGAUGGCAGUGACAGUCAAAAUGAUUUCUGGCGUUUGGUCGACUCGAAUGAGAUUCAUGCCAUUGGUCAUUGUGAAAAGAACUUUGGCAUGUUGCAACCACCACUUGGUUUUCGCAUGAAUGCCUCCAGCUGGCCCGGUUACCUCUGUAAAAUAUUAAAUAAUGCCAUGGUAGCACCGGAAGAGAUUUUCCAGCCCGAACCGGCUGAUCCACCCGAAAAUCUCUUCCGUGUGGGCCAAAAGCUCGAGGCGGUCGACAAAAAGAAUCCACAACUGAUUUGCUGUGCAACAGUUGAUGCGAUUAAAGACGACCAAAUCCAUGUGACAUUCGAUGGGUGGCGUGGAGCGUUCGACUAUUGGUGCAGCUACAAAUCUCGGGACAUAUUCCCAGUUGGUUGGUGCGCCCGUAGUUGUCAUCCAAUGCAACCGCCGGGUCAUAAAUCACGCAUGGAUUCCAGUUCGAGUAAACAUCGUAGUCCACGCCAGCGUUAUACUUUUAUCCAAGAAACGGAUGCCAUGGUUCCGGCAACACCAGUGACGGCACAUUUUCAUACCAAUUGUAAAGGUGGUCCGUUCAUUAGUAGCUCCAAGCUACCAUCGAUGGUUACUGGACCCACACAUCAAACACUGGCCAAAUUAUGUCUGCAAGAGGUAUUGGCAGCCAGUGCAGACACCCAACAAUUAUCCAAGCUGUUAUUUGCCUUGGAAGGUGAUGUUCACAUUGUUACAGCAGCAGGAAAAAAUUUUACGGUUAAAAUACCAUCACCGCAUCGUAUGAGAGAUGACGAUAGUUUGGCACAAUUUAUAGAAACUCUAUGUACAACAUGCAGGGCAUGUCCAAAUCUUAUCUCACUAUCGCCUGAUACAGAGGAUUGUGAUAAAUGUGCAAAUGCAAAGAAAAGACCCUUGUCACAAGCGUCGAAUGCCACUGGUGGAGGGGGCUCCGAAUGCUCAUCACCAGCUAUACCAGAGAAACGGUGUAAAACUCCUAGCAGCAGUGAAAAGGUCAGCAUCAAACAAGAGGUGGCAACAUCGACGACCACUGCAAACAUGCAAGUGGACAGUGGCACUAGUAGCAACAGCAGCAGCAGCAGCAGCAGUACAACGAUGGCCACUUCGACAACAACUACAACAGCACACUUUAAUGAAAGCAAAAUGAAGGAGCAUUCAACUACACCAACAUCUUCUACAAAUAAAAAUCAAUCCCCCCACACGAAUGUGAACAUCAGCAGUAGUAGUAGCAACAAUGGCAACGGAAACAGCAAUAAUAACAACAACAACAAUAAUAAUAAUAGCAACAAUUAUAGUGAGACCACAACUACAAAUGGCAAUAGCGUCCUACCCAAUAAUGUCCACAUAAAACUUGAACCAACAGCUCCAAUUGUUUCUGCACCCAGUACAAAUGGCAUGCAGAAUUCAACCUCUGCACAAGCUUUAAGACAAAUACGCAUACACCACUUAAGUGGUGGCAACACAAACAAUACUGUGGCGGCGGUGGCGGCAUCCUCCUCAUCCAGUCCAUCAUUGGCUUCGGCAACGGCUUCAUCGACCAUAGCUCAUCAUGAGGAGACUCACAAACAACAUUCCCUUAGUAAUUCGAAUUUCAAGUACUUAGCGCCAUUGGUGGCCGAGGUACAUCCUGAACAAUCCAAUUUGGUGGCGGCAGCUUCUGCUGCUGCUGCCUCAUCCACCUACAAAUCUCCUUCCACACUAUCAUCUAGUGCUUCGUUACCUACAUCCGUUUCCACGCCAUUCUGCGCCUCACAAUCAACAUCGUCGACGGUGGCAUCAGCCACGGCUGUAAUACCAUCCACGUGUGCGUAUGGUGGCACCGUCACAGUGCCAGUGCACCAUAGCCAACAUAAUGUGAAUGGAACAGCGGGUGCUGCGCUACCUCCCUUGCGUGCCCAACCGGGUGAUUGGUCAAUUGAAGAAGUAAUACAAUUUAUAGAGAGUAAUGAUAGUUCAUUAGCUGUACACGGUGAUCUCUUCAGGAAACACGAAAUUGAUGGCAAAGCCUUGUUAUUGUUAACCUCAGAAAUGAUGAUGAAGUACAUGGGUCUGAAGCUUGGACCAGCCUUAAAAAUUUGCAAUUUAGUUAAUAAAGUAAAUGGGCGUCGCAACAUGUCCCUGUAAAUACUAUAACAUCAUGCUGCAGCCAUAUGACCCUUUUUCCAAAACAACAACAACAACAACUGUCACCUGACCAAAAACCUCCACCAUCAUAUACCCUCAUAAAAUCAUAUAACGCGUACAACGUACUACAUACGAACAUAUUUAGAACUACCUUAACCAAAAACACCAAAACAAAUAUUCCCAAACAAUCAAACUCCUCGUACACUUGCAAAAAAACAAAAAAAAAACACAAAUAACCGAAGAUGCAAAAGUUAAAGUAUAACUUGAAACAAACGAAGAAGACAACAAUUAAAGGCCACCAGUAUAGGUGUCACCCCACAGUACAGGCAUAUAUAUAAUCAAUAAAUUAUAUAGAAACAAUAACACAAAACCCCGAUCAAAACCGAAGCUCUUGAUAGAAAUCAAACAUUAACACAAAAUAAAAUUGCUUUUGAUUUUUGCACAACACAUAGUUUUCGAAAAAAAAAUCUUGCGAAACAAUAAUAAAACAGAUUUACAAUAUUUGCAUAUAAUACAAAAAUCCCCCCCUUACACACAAUACAAGAUAUAUAUACAAUUUUUGUUACACAGAAUAAUGUGUAUAAUUUUAUUUUUUUUUUAACAAAUUGGCUUGGUUUUAAAUAUGUUAAAACAAAAUCAUUCAUACAUGCAUUCAUAAAUGUUUUAUUUAAUUAUUAUUAUUAUUAUUGGUGUAUCACAUACACACAGACUCUCAACACUAGCAUCAUAUCCUUAAAAAGGUAGCAAACGAAGUGAUUCAAAGAGAGGAGGCGGUGCGGUGUAAUAACAUUUAUUUUAUAAUCGUUGUUAUAUUUUAUUUUUUUUUUUUUUGUAAUAGAACUGAAUCUUUAGUUGUACCUAGAAACCCCCCUACCUAAACUAACCAUCUACCCCAUUCUUAGUUUUUCAAUGAAAACAUUUACAUUUAUUUGAUUGUAUUAUUUUGAUUUGUAUUAAUUUUAAUGCAUUUUUUUGGUUUUUUUUUAAUCAGCAAAUGUCAAACAUAUGCAGUGAAAAAGAAAAAUUUUAUGUGAAAAACAAAACUCUCACACAAACAAAAAUACACACAAAUGCAAAAUUUCCUCAAAUUUUUACUUAAAUUUAAGUUCAAUUUUAGCGAAAACAAGCCCCGAAAACUGUUGCCACUACUUCUACUCUUAUACAUGUGUACAUUAAAUAUACUUUUGGUAUUAAAAAACAAAAAACAAAUCUGUAUUCUAUUCAAAAAAAAAAAAAAACAAAACAAAAUUAUAUUAUUUAAUAAUUUAUGUUAAAAUUAUUUGUUCCAAACAAGUGGCAUUCAGUUUUCAUCUAGGAACGCACUUUUCCGUACGUUUGUAUCAUUUUUAAGUACGUACUAAAUAUAAAACAAAUGUAAUUUAGUUUAGUUUUAAUGUUAACGAGAGAAAAAAAAGAACACAAGAAAGAAGCGAAAUAAAUAAAACAAAAAAACAUAUUCCAUAAUAGAAACAAAAACAAAUAAA